AAUUUAGCCAGAGCAUUAUACAUUUUCUGAGGCAUCCUAGCGAACUAGCUGCAAGCUAACCAGUCAGCUGUAAUUGUAGACUAAAGAAUUACCCCGAGCUAAGAAGCACGCUCAGUGGUUGCCAAGGCAAGCGAUUUAAAUGUUCAGUGCUAAGGCUAGCUAACGUCUGACGAUUAUUACGAAAUGUGGAAGUCAGUUGAAAGACAACACUGUGGUAUGUUAAACAAAGUAGCUACCAGUUUCAGUGGUAGUGUAUAAUCAAUACGUCGGAAGCUAUAAGUAUAGAAGUAAUGGCGUUAAUAAUAUUAAAUCAGAUUUCCAAUGUUAACUAGGGUCGCGGGGCAAACACAUUUUUUUAGGAGUUCUCGAUAUCUGUUGACGAUAAGUGUAUUUUCAAGCUUCCGGGUUGAACAUUUCUAAAAACAUGUAAACUGUAUAUGUAUUUUUUUUUUCCCCACACCCCAACAUAGAAAGCUAUAGACUGAAAGUAUACUGCUUGUCCUAUCAUGUGCGUUACAUUGUCAUCUUAGGCAGUUGUCGGAAACGUUAUCAUUGUUACACCAAACAAAUAACUCGAUAGAAGGCGUAAUCGAAGCUUAGUGACCUUUUAAAGACAACAGAAAAGAGUAACCUCAGACAUUCUCAAGAAGACCCCGAACAAUCGGAUUUAUAUUACUGAGCCCCGCAGAUGGAGGAGUUGUACACCCUCGCGAGGGAGGUGGGACGGGGCAGUUACGGGGUGGUCUUUGAGGGCCACAUGGCCAAGACAGGUCAGCGUGUGGCCAUCAAACGUCUGCCCUGCAUCAGCCCUGAAUGCAUUGAGCUCUACCUUCAAGAGCUGUGGGUCAUGAGAGCCACGGCCAAGAACAACCCCAACGUGAUUGCCCUCCACGACUGCCUGCUGCAGACCGGGUCCAGGACGUUGGAGCCCCUGCGGUCGGGCAGGCUUCCCCUGGACCUGGUGGAGAGCGCCCUGAAGGGCAUUGUGGUAUGCACCGAGUCCCAGACAGGGCAGGAGGACAGGACCCGGUCGGACACCCACCUGUCUAGGAGGAAAAAAAACAGGACUGACCUGGGUGGUCUCUUCGGGUCCAGGACCAAGAGUAGGUUGAGGACUAAAUCUGAGUCUGACGUCUUCAGGUGUGAACGUCAGGAAAUUACUAACUCAGGUCUAUCCAGGUCUAAAAUCAAUGAGAGAACUCACUCGGAGAUAUCAAAAACCCCAAUGAGGACGAAUUCUGGCCUCUCCCGGCUCAGGAAGAGGCCAGAGGCCGGGCUCCAGGGGGAGGAGGAGAACCGUGUUCCCCGGCGCUGCUGCGCCCUGUGGCUGGUGAUGGAGUACUGUGACGGGGGGGAUUUGAACCACUACCUGCUGUCCCGACCUCCUGACAGCCAGAGGAACAACAGCGUGGUCCAGCAGCUGAGCUCAGCCAUCGCCUUCCUGCACCGCCUCCGCAUCGUUCACAGAGACCUGAAGCCAGACAACGUCCUGGUCUCACUGGCCCCCAGUGGGCCCCUGGUCAAGGUGGCUGACUUCGGCCUGAGUAAGAUGUGUGUUGUGGGGGGUCUUGGGGCAAGAGGGGAUGACAGUCUGACCCGGCAGCACUUCUCCUCCACGUGUGGCUCUGACUUCUACAUGGCUCCAGAGGUAUGGGGCGGCCUCAGCUAUACUGCUCAGGCGGAUAUCUUCUCUCUGGGGGUGAUGUUUUGGGCUGUCCUGGAGAGAAUCACUUUCCUGGAGGAGGGUUCCACAGAGGAACAACUUGGUGCGUACGUGUGCAGAGGCCGCUGGCUGAUGCCCCUGGGCGAGGCCCUGUGGGAGAACCCCGACCUGCAGGUGUCUGUCCCCAUGAAGGCCCGCCGGGCCCCGCCUCUACCGCCCCCCCCCGGCCAGGCCCUCUGCACCCUCCUGCUGGACAUGUUGGCCUCUGACCCCGACGCCCGUCCCACCGCCGCGCAGCUUGAGUGCCGGGUCCGCGUCGCCAUGGAGGAGGAUGCGGCGCAGUGACGCCAACCGAGGUGUUCCUGGCGACGCCCUGUUGCCCUGCCCGGUGCGCCCCUUUGGGACCAGGGCCCAGCCGUCACGUGGGCAGCGGGCCACCUGGGUGCCCCCGGGUCCAGACCUUCCUCCAGUGGGCCAUCUGUCGGGUCGCUCCUACUCACACUCUCCCCGCCCCCCCCCACCGGAAACACCAACGUCCGACCCUCCCUUUGUUUCAUGUUUGGUUUCAGUUGUUUUGUUUUGACACAGUUUUCGUUUUCAACAUUGUAAAGCAACUUUGGGUCUUUUAAAUGUACUUGGUAUGGCAUGUGUUACUAGUAACAAUACUAAUUGUAGUUAUAUAGAGAUCUUCGAGGACCCAAUGUGGCUUUACAAACUAGCAAACGGACAAAAGACAGGAGUCAUAGCAAAAGCAAAUACAAUAAUGUGCAAAAGUCUUAGGUACUUAAGUUAAACUAAAGCCAUUUGGGUAGUGAGUGUUUGUAAAAAAAAAUAUAUAUAUAUAUAUUUACUACACAAAUAAAUGGCUUUAGUUUGCUUUCAGAUGCCUAAAUCUUUUGCACAUAUACUGUAUGUAUAUUUUAUUGUAAUUGUGGGGCUGUUAAUUAUAUUGGGAACAGGGAGCUGUAUAAUGAAGGUCUAAUGUAUAUCCAGAGGUGCUGAGGCGUCCUGUACUGUUCAGGCUAAUAGCUUUGUCUUUGUCCAUGAGGACCAAAUGCCCACCACUGUGGCUAGAUGUUGCCAGAAGCCUGCUAACCAAAUGAUGCUACCUGUCUUCUGAAAAUAUGGUCUGUAUAAUCUUCAGUCCUCUCUGGGAAUUGAACACGCUGCCUUGGUGAUCAGCGCUCUAGCGAUCUAAUGCUUUAUUGACUGUUAGACAGGCAACCCGGUCCUGUUAUUUUCCUAAAUUACUGUUAAACGGUCUGUGGCCAAAAGGCAAAACUUUUCAAGUCAGAUAUUUUUCAGUGCGGCUCAUUUGAGUUGUGGAGAAGGACAGAUUGGGAUGCAUGUGUGAAUGCAGCCUGAGCUCUUUUGGUGGGCUUGUGUACCCAGUGCCUCCAGUCGGUCACGUGGUUUCACCGUUUGGCAUGCUAGACUGUAACCUGACCUAGUGUUGCGAAAUGAUCCGAAUUCACAAAAAAUAUUUAAUUCAACCGUUUAAUUAUUUAUGGAAUCUACUUGAAGUGUUGUAGCUACCGCUGCUUGAAGCUUCUACCUGUAGCUGCUGUGCGUUGACACGCUUGAAAUGUGACGUUUUCCUUCAAGGGAUUGUGAUUUAAUGAGUGCAUAUUUAUCUUGUUUUGGUCUGUCAAAUCAACCGUUCUCAGUAUAUUAUUGCCUUUGGAAUGUUGCAGAGUCUUUGGCGGUCGAACAAGAGAUUAGUAAAUGUGCCCCCUCCCCCGUAUGAGUUUAGAUGGAGUAUAUUUGGUGACACUUUGUGUCUCUUUGUAAACUCUUGUUGCUGAGCAACCCAGACAGAGUGUUGAGCGAGGUAUCAUUUGGGUCCAUCGAGUCCAUCAAUACGUUCAUGAUGCUGCCCAAUGCGGCCAAUCGGAGAGAGACAAUGUGUCACCCCAUCAGAUAAUAUCACCCGUUUACACUAAUCCUAGACCUCCCUCUCUUCCGAUAUGAACGAAGCUCUGUUGUGUCUGGCCUCGAAAUGCUGCCGAAGUUUGAUAGGAAAAAGAAACGUGUGUGUGUGUGUGUGAGUGACUUUCCGAUGUACUGAGUCAGUCCAUUGGCUGCGUUUGAAAGAGGACAUUUGGGUCUGACAUUUUGAUUGUUCUGUAUUAUAAAGUUAAUUUGUUUUGAGAUGAUUUUUUUUUAUUAAUAGUUUACCAGUGUUGUGAACCUCGAGGACAGCGAUUAGAUAAAAAGCUUAAAGAACAAAAUGGUGGCAUUUACAGUAAAGCAUUGUCAAAAAUCCCAUAUUAAAUGGUAACAUCUGUUAUACAAACAUACUUUACCAUUAGUUUUAUAUAGCUCGCAACCAUCUGUGUCAUGAUAGCAAAUAGAUAAGCUUGCAAAUUUGAGUGUUAAGUGCUGUUCAUAAAGCAAUGACAAAAUUAAAAAGGGCAAUUCCAAAGAAAUGAAAAUGGGUAAUGAAGUCACUAGUAGCAUGUUGCUCAGUCUCACGCUGUUUUAUUGCCAGACUCCUGGUGUUAAAUGGUUUUCCCUGAGGAUUCACACUGUGUACUUGAGACAACUGUCACGUCCCAAAUGGCACCUUAUUCCCUAUAUAGUUCACUGCUCAUGACCAGAGCCCUCUGAGAUCUGGUCGAAUGUACGGUACCACAUAGGCCGUAGGGUUCUGUUUGGAAUCAUGGAUGAGGACGGAGAGGUGAUUAACCCGUGGUGAUAAAACAGAAUAUCUCGACAUCUCCAAACGAGGCACCUCCACACAGAUUGAGCGAGCGCUCGCCACGUCUCGCAUCCAACGACACAGUUCCCUCCUUACCACAGGCCUUAGAUAAUAGUGUUUCUCCAUAGGAAAUAGAGCUCCAUUCGGGACGUAGCCUAUGAAAUCUCUUCCAGCCGGAGAUGCUGGGCCUUCCCUUCAUACUUGGCCGUCCGCUAAAUAAAACCCACAGACAUCUAUUUCCGAACGGUGUCCAUCUUAUCUCCGGUUCAUCUUCCUGUGGAUGGGAAACCUAAUGGAAGAGCAGCGGUCUGUUGUGGCGUGCUGGCACAGCAGACGGGUUACCGUCCAAGCAUCCCAACCAAGGUCGCUAUCUCCUCUAGGUGGUGAGACGUAGCAAAUGGGAUAUUAAUAUGAAUUGGGUACCGGUCUGAUUUCCUCCAGAACAUUAUAGUUUCUCACUCUGUUACACAUGGAGAUGAGCCUGAACAAAAUCGGAUGGGAUCUUGAGUAAGCUGACUGGUGUGUGGUGUUUUACCUGACUGUUUUCCAUAGCGGUGAAAUGUAAGUUUGGACUCGAGGCUUCCAUUCUGCUGUCCAGAUCUAUUGCCUUCUGGAUAGAUUCACAUUUGCUGAAGAGAUCUUUGUGAACGUGUGGAGAAUGCAGUGGAGGAUGUAAUUGACACAUGGGAAUUGUAUGGGGAUGGGGAAAGUCUUCUUAGAUUUCACCGAUAAUAGCAGAGAAAGAUGGGUGUGC